CGCUCCCUUUCCUCGCCUCCACACCAGAGCUACACGUUCCCAUCGUUUUCCAGCGACGCGAGACAGUAGGCGUCGCCUUCUCUAUAUCUCUGUCCGCAUCCCUUUUCAAAUUUCAAAAAAGAAGAAGGAAAAUCAUCUCCGUCGGAGCAGCUUCUCUCGGGCUCCAUUCCGCUCGCCGGAGAUCCGCCGCCAUGCCGAAAAGGGUUCUAUGCAAGUUUUUUGCGCAGGGAGGAUGUCUAAAAGGGGAUCAUUGUGAGUUUUUGCAUGAUCUGGAAACCCCUUCAAGUAAUGUUUGCUCUUAUUACCAAAAAGGAAUGUGUGCUUUUGGGAGCAGAUGCAGAUAUGAACAUGUUGAAGCUUCGCACUUGCAGUCUUCUGCAUCGUCUCUUCAAGGGCGCAGAAAACCAACUUUGAGUCAGAAGUCAGGGCCUCAGGAUUUAUUAAAGAGUUAUGACAUAGCUGAGGAGACUGUUUAUGAUCCAGCUGAUCAAUCAAUCUGCUCAUUUGCAGCGGCCGGUCACUGUGUGCGUGGGGAGAAAUGCUCUCAUAUUCACGGGGAUUUGUGUCCCACUUGUGGGAAACUUUGCUUGCAUCCUUUUAGGCCCCGUGAGAGAGAGGAGCAUUUAAAAUCAUGCAAGAAAAGGCAAAAUUACCUGGAAAUUUUAAAACAUAGUCAAGAAAUAGAGUGCAGCGUUUGCCUUGAACGUGUUCUCUCCAAGUCAGUGGAAUCUGAACGCAAAUUUGGAAUCUUAUCAGAGUGUGACCAUCCAUUUUGCAUAUUGUGCAUUAGGAAUUGGCGUGGCAGCUCUCCAUCAUCUGGGCUGGAUGUAAAUUCUGCAUUAAGGGCUUGUCCCAUAUGCAGAAAGCGAUCUUAUUUUGUAAUUCCUAGCGUGAUUUGGUACAACACAAAGGAAGAGAAACAAGAAAUUAUUGACAGCUACAAAGCAAAACUCAGGACUAUUGAUUGCAAACACUUUGACUCUGGGAAUGGGACUUGUCCAUUUGGGACUAGUUGUUUCUACAAGCACACUGUGAAACCUGGAUCGAUGCUGUGGAAUUCUGUUCUAAUGCCGGAUUCAUAUGGAUCAAGGCUUCGAGACAUGGACGAAGUCGGAUCGAGCUUCGAUACAGAUAUUGACGGCUUAGUUGAUUUAUUUGAACAGCUGUACAUGCCGCGCAGGCCGCGAGGGCUUCGGGAGCGAGAACUAAAUGAGUAUGCCGAGACAAUGUCUAGCGACGAAGAACUAAACGAGUUUGCCGAGGCAAUGUCUUUUCUACUAUGGGCACGGGGUUCUGAUACCAGUGACUUUGAGCUAUCAAGUGAUGAAGAAGAAGAAUAACAAUAUCAUAUCAUAUCUUUGUGAGUUUUGAUGUAUUAAUCAAUUAAAUUAAUUAAUCCCCAGAGGGUUUUAUUGGAUUGGUUAAUUGUUCUGGUGUGAUGUGUCUCUGGAUGUAUUUAGUGGUGUACACUAAUUGUGGCAAAAACUAUUUUUUUGAUGAACUGUAAGCAUAAAGAUAAUUAUUGUGGCAUAGCAUUUGCUCCGGCUUUUAAUACGGAGUUCUAUUUUCAUUUUUCCUCAUUCUGUUAGGCAUCGCAUUGGUGACCUAU